UCCCCAUCAGCCUUAUGAAUGAUCAAUAUCGCAAGUAGUGAUCUUGCAUUUCGACCUGGUAGUCAAUCCCCGCAUCCUACUCGUGCUAUGGGCGACAUCAACCUGAUGGUGGCGGAUUGGUGUUGACCAACAAAACGCGUCCCUUCGCGUCUGUUUCUCCUCGCGUCAUCCAUCUCGUCUCCUUCAGCCGUCCAGCGGUUAGCUCAUGCGCCGUCCACAGAGACUCCACACUAGGGGUGUUGCACUUUAUUCACGAUUUCGCAUCUCCUUGUGAGGCCACUAUUCCACUUAACACCUAGCACCCUGAUCGCUCCACCUCUUUUCUCUUGCGGUCAUCGAUCCAAAGCGUUGCGAACAGGGCUAUCAACCACCAGCCUGCCAUGGAUAUGGACCUCGAUUCUGCUCAGGGAGCUCCCCCUCUCACCGAGCCUCAACAUAGUACUAGCCCGACGACUAGCCCACACGAUCAGACCAUGGACAUGGACGACACCAUGCAGACCAUUACGGCAUCAAGCAUGCAGCAAGCGGCGGCGGCAGCGGCAGGACAGGAAUUCCAGACCGAUUACAGCAACGGCAACUCCCAUGAUCCCAGACCGCAAACAUCGUACUCGGAUACCGCAUACCGCCCCUACGAUGCUCAUAGCCAAUAUAAUACCUCCGAAAACGACACUCCCCCAAGACCGGGCUACCAUAGCCAACACAGCUACUCUCGUGGCGGCUCCCGACCCAGCUCGUUGGCGGGGUCCGGCAAUCACUCUCCGUACGACAUGGCCAACCGACAGGCGGGAUACCAGGAACAGCAGAUGCGGGCACAGCAACCGGAGUCAGCGGCGAAGAACACGAGCGUGGUGAUCAAGGUCGGCAUGGUGGGGGAUGCACAGAUUGGAAAGACGAGUCUGAUGGUGAAAUAUGUUGAGGGCAGCUGGGACGAGGACUACAUCCAGACGCUUGGUGUUAAUUUCAUGGAAAAGACCAUCUCGAUCCGCAACACCGAAAUCACUUUCUCCAUCUGGGACCUUGGUGGCCAGCGCGAAUUCGUCAACAUGCUCCCGCUCGUCUGCAACGACGCUGUUGCGAUCCUCUUCAUGUUCGACCUGACUCGGAAGAGCACCCUCAACUCCAUCAAGGAGUGGUACCGACAAGGUCGAGGGUUCAACAAGACAGCCAUUCCAUUCCUCGUCGGAACCAAGUAUGACCACUUUGUCAACUUUCCUCGCGAAGAGCAGGAGGAGAUCUCGAACCAGGCCAAACGAUUCGCAAAAGCAAUGAAAGCGCCCCUCAUAUUCAGCAGUACCAGCCACAGCAUCAACGUGCAGAAGAUCUUCAAGAUCGUCCUGUCGAAGGCGUUCGACCUACGCUGCACAAUACCGGAGAUCGAGAACGUGGGCGAGCCGCUGCUGCUGUACCAAUCGGUGGGUUGAAAGGGCAUCGGUCCCAAUUUGGAUUCACACUGGGCCGAGCCGAUGGAAGCGCGAGAAGCUUUUGCGAUGAGAUGACGCUUUAUGAAGAAUGCUUAUGAGGUCGACACGGGACUGUCGACCGACGAGACUCGUUCCCAAACCACCCCACCACUCCUGAACACGCACCGAUCCAUUGCCAGUGUCAAAUUGACGAGAGGCGCUGUCCUCUGCUUUUAAUUGUUCUGUCUAAUGAAAGCCGGUGUUACAACCUCACAGACGAUGAAGGCUUGUUGGCGUAUCCACCGGAGCAUGUGUUGGCUGAUUUUCUAAAGCGGCUGGACUUGGACAGAACCAUCAUGUACCGUAAACCCACCCCAUAAGAAACCGUAGGCAGGAGGUUUGAAUAUCAAGCAAAUCUAA